AGUACCUGGUGUGAGCAAAACCCCUUCUCCACCCUUUCCUGGCUCCAUCUUUGGUGAUUCAGAGCCCUGGUCCCGCCCAAGGCACUAAUUUAACUCGGACUGCGUAACUACCAGGAGCUUUUUCUCUAUCGAGCCUCUUGGCCCGGUUCAUUUCGUCUUAAUCGCGGAGGUCGCAGAGUCCCGGAGCCGCUCGGGGUCCCCGUCCCCGCGCGCCAUGAGUCCCCUGCCGCGGAGCGCCCCCGCGGUGAGGCGCCUAAUGGGCGGACAGACGCCGCCGCUGCUGCUGCUGCUGCUGCUGUGUAUCCCGGCUGCGCAGGGUGACUGCAGCCUUCCACCCGAUGUACCUGAUGCCCAACCAGUUUUGGGAGGUCUUGCAAGUUUUCCUGAAGAAACCACAAUAACAUACAAGUGUAACAAAGGCUUUGUCAAAGUUCCUGGUAUGGCAGACUCAGUGCUCUGUCUUAAUGAUAAAUGGUCAGAAGUUGCAGAAUUUUGUAGUCGUAGCUGUGAUGCUCCAACCAGGCUACCUUUUGCGUCUCUUAAAAAGUCUUACAGCAAACAGAAUUAUUUCCCAGAGGGUUCCAUUGUGGAAUAUGAGUGCCGUAAGGGCUAUAAAAGGGAUCUUACUCUAUCAGAAAAACUAACUUGCCUUCAGAAUUUUACGUGGUCCAAACCUGAUGAAUUUUGCAAAAAAAAACAAUGUCCGACUCCUGGAGAACUAAAAAAUGGUCAUGUCAAUAUAACAACUGACUUAUUACUUGGCGCAUCCAUCUUUUUCUCAUGUAACGCAGGGUACAGACUAGUUGGUGCAACUUCUAGUUACUGUUUUGCCACAGCAGAUGAUGUUGGGUGGAGUGAUCCAUUGCCAGAAUGCCAAGAAAUUUCUCCAACUGUCAAAGCCAUACCAACUGUUGAGAAACCCAUCACAGUAAAUUUUCCAGGUACCAAAGCGCUAUCAUCUCCUCAGAAACCCUCCACAGCAAAUACUCUAGCUACAGAGUUACUACCAACUCCUCAGGAACCCACCACAGUAAAUGUUCCAGAUAGUAAAGCCAUAUCAUCUCCUCAGAAACCCUCCACAGUAAAUACUCCAGCUACAGACUUACUACCAACUCCUCAGGAACCCACCACAGUAAAUGUUCCAGAUAGUAAAGCCAUAUCAUCUCCUCAGAAACCCUCCACAGUAAAUACUCCAGCUACAGACUUACUACCAACUCCUCAGGAACCCACCACAGUAAAUGUUCCAGAUAGUAAAGCCAUAUCAUCUCCUCAGAAACCCUACACAGUAAAUACUCCAGCUACAGACUUACUACCAACUCCUCAGGAACCCACCACAGUAAAUGUUCCAGCUCCAGAAGUCCCAUCAACUUCUCAGAAACCUUCCACAGCAAAUGAUUCUGCCACACGAGCCCCCAGUUCCCCCAUAUCAAACACUCUCUCUACAGCAGCCCAGAAUCCCAUCAUGGCAAAUGCUUCUGCACCACAAGCCACAUCAACAACCCAAAGAUUCACCACAGCAAAAGCUUCACUGACAAAAGUUUCUCUUCGAGAAACACGAAAGUCCACUCCUGUACAUACCUCAAAAACUAAAGGUCUACAGCAAAGAUUGACUUCUGCUCAUGUUACAGCAACAAAGUAUCCAGCUGUUCCCAGGGCCACAACGAGUUUUCAUUCAAGUACAUCUAAAAAUCGAGGAAACCCUUCUUCAGGCAUGAGAAUCAUGUCGUCUGGUAAGUUUGGCUCUCCGGCAGUUAAAAGAAAUUGUCUUCUCUGUAGGAAGUACCAUCCAUAUUCCUGGAAAAGAAUAUUGCUUUUUAACUGUCUUAGGAAUACUAUUAAAAUGCAUUGUUUAUGGGUGCCAAAGAGAAAAUGGAUAAAUGCCUUGUAUCGACGUGUUUUGUGGACACCAUUUGGUACUCGGUAUGUGGUAUGUUCCUAAGUAUUCCCAACCAUGUUCUUCUUCCAAGGUAAUUUUAGGAAACUUCACUUGGCCAAUCAGUCAAGUAUUAUUGCAUGCCUUUUGUCACAAUAGAUCAUUCUGGUGGCUGAAGUUUCUACUCUGAAGUAUUUUAUAAUUAAUCAUAAACUACUCCUUGACCAUUUCUAGAUUUCUGUGCUAUUCCAGGUAAAACAAAGGGCACUACUUUUGAUUAUAUCCUCUUCCUUUAGCCUCCCCUGUUAGUGGUUUAAAUUUAUCUUGAAAAAAUAUUCCAUCGCUGUCAACAUACCUGUGUUGCAAUUCCUUCUAGCAUUUGACCCAGUCCUUUUUUGUUCGUAAAUACAUUAUUUGAUGUUAUGCAUUAACGAGAAGAUUAAUAAACCCCUAAAGUAGAAUGGUAAAAGAAAUGUUUGUUAAGAAGCAAUACAGCUAAAGUGGCAUGUUGAUAAGUAAUGUCUAAUAGAAAAUACACUUAUAAAAAGUGUAUAUGUUCGACUUAUGUAUUUAUAAGCGGAAGCCUCCUAUCGUAUGCAUGUAUGAAUAUAAAACUGAAAGCAGGUACUUGUUUUUUAUUUUUAUUAUUUUUUAUUAUAGUUUUUAUAUUUUAAAUGAACCUCUUUUAAGUUAAAAGAUUUAUCUUGAAAGAUUCCAAUAGUUGGAGUUCACUUUGUUCAUUCUACAUUUUAAAUAAAAAUAAAUGUAUUCUAAAUGAAAA